AUGUUUUAGCAAUUAUUUUAAUAAGUAUCUCAAUUCUAAAUAGAGGGUGAGCCUAAUUUAGUUAAAUUCUCAAUUAGUGCCAAUGAAAAAUCAAUUGUCUUAUGGUUAUAACUAAAUGGGAAUAGAUUUCUAACACUCGACAGAUUGGAUGGCAAUUGGAAAUCUAGAGAAUAAUAAUUUUCAAUCGCUGGUAUAGGUCAACCCUUUAAACUUAAUUUGAAUGAAAGCGGAAACAUUUUGAUUAUGUACGAUGUCUCCAAAAGAUAUAUAUACACUUGGCUUAGAUUACACGUGAAUUCAAAUUGGUUAUUAAGAAGUACUUUAGAUCUAUAAAGACAAAUUGAUAUUACAUCAGAAAUCAACUGCUUUUUUUUUAAGAAUCAAAUCUUUAUAGAUCGUUAACAUACCUUUUACAUCAUCAAAAGAUUGGGUCAAAAUUUUAAAAUUAUAAAUAAAAAGAUCUUUAAUUUCAAUGACUAUAUGGAUUGUCUGACAUAUGGUUAUGAAAAGGAUGUGUUAGCUGAAGUAACAGACUCAACUGUUUAUUUUUGGAGAGAGGAUCCUAAAACAUGGAUAAAAGAAAAACCAGCUUUCUAUGAUUGUGAAAUCAAGCCUCAUUAUUCAUGCUUUUAAGGAAAUGAAAUAAAGGCAUUUGUUAAUGGAGCAGUGUGGAUGAUAACCUAUCCAGAAAGAGAAUUUAUAGCUUAUGAAGAUGAGAGAAUAACGAAACGUAUUACCCAGUCAUCUUUAAAUUAUUUCUUUCAAUUAGAUGAACCUACAUAAAAUUCAGAAUAAUAUAUUCAAUUUUGGCAUAGAGAAAAUUAAUAAUAGAAGAAUUUUAAUUUUGAAAAAUUAAAUUUGUCUGCAAUAAACAUUUUAUUGGGACAAAAUGGAAAUGUCUUUGUAGCAUUGAUAAAAUUAGAGCAGUUCAUCUAGAUAUAAAUUUAUGAAGGGUUGUAAAUUAGGAAAUAAUUACAACAAAUUAUAUGA